AUGGCGAUUUCGUCCGAUGCUCCCGCAUUGCCCCGUCUGAGGAUCGCCAUCUCAGGUGGAGGACCGGCUGGACUAGCAGCAGCCAUAGCACUUCUUGAAAAACCAGGAUUCGAGGUUACUGUAUACGAACAAGCCACAGAGCUGCGAGAGGUUGGGGCAGGCUUGAGGGUCGGUUACAACUCCUGGAGAGUUCUUGAACUCCUGGGCGUGGCAGACAAGGUCAAGGGACACAUCAAGGUCGACCAUCAACAUCGGCGAACUGUGUUGCAAGACGCUCUGAAAAGCCGUGUUCCUCAAAGCUUUAUUCAACUGAAAAAAAGAUUGAUCGACUUGGUUCAACAACCGGGUGGAGGCGUAGCACUGGUGUUCGAGGACGGCACGUCUGCAUCCGCGGACUUGGUCAUAGGCGCGGACGGUAUUCGAUCCGCUGUUCGAAGAGCCACUUUCCCCGACCACGAGAUUACGUACAAUGGAACGACCAUCUGGCGCUGUUUGAUCUCCCUCGACGCUGUUGACCACCUUUCGAUCACCAAGUAUACAGCGUUUCAUCAUGGUCCGGGGAGAAUUUUCAAAUGCUCAGUGGUUUCCACGGAAGAAGAGAUCGGCGAGGGAAAGGGGUUAUGGGAAAUGACUUUGCGCUCAUAUGAAGAUCCAGCGAAGGCAAGGGGAAAGAAGUAUAGCUGGGGUAUUCCGGCCACAAACGAACGAGUCGCCAGUCACUUCAAGGCAUUUUCAUCGGAAAUCCAGGAGGCUAUCGGCCACGUUCCCGAGGGGAUAUGGAAAGAGUUCUCGGCGUUCUCCGGGCCCAGGCUCCAACGAGUCGUCGCUAAUGGUAACACCGCCAUCAUUGGGGAUGCAUCCCAUCCUCUAUUAGGAGCCUUCGGAACAGGAGCAGGCUUUGCCAUGGAGGACGCAUGGCUGCUCGCGCAAAUGUUAGAGUUCUAUAUCAACCGACAUAUGAGCGACAAAGACCGAGCUAUUCGACAGAGCCUUGACUUGUUCGACAAAGUCCGCUCGCCUUACUACCACAAGAUCUACGAUGUACUUGAUGCUAGGCCCAAAGAUGGUAAAGUCGAUUAUGCCGCAUGGUCGCCAACGCCAGGAGGGCCUUUGAAUUGGAUUUACUUCCACGACAUUGAGGAUGAUUGGAAACAGUCAAAGAAAGUGAUAUAG